UUUUAAUUUUAUCAAAGAUGGCAAAUUCGAAUUCUUUUAAUUCAUCUUUGAGAAACCUUUGGCCCUUGUCUAAUAAUAGACCUCGAGUUUGGAACCCCUGGAAGUUAAUGAAAGAUGAUAUUUAUUGGGUCCUUUCUCAUCCGUAUGACGUCAUUGUCGAGUUCUUGUAUCGCAAUUCAAUCGGUGCAAUGCGCUUUGAAAAAGUUCAUAAUGAUGAGGCAACAUGCGAAAUUAAUCUUUCGUAUUGGAAAAAUUGGAUCAGUAUAAUACAACUAGCUGUAUGGACUCUUGCCACGAUUCCACUUGUUAUUUUCUACCCUCUUUUGAUGUUAUCAGCUUUUGAACAAGAGAAAAUUCGUCCACCAAAAGAACAAACUAAGGAUGAUGAGAAAUGGUUUUUUAUUAAUGGAGUAACAGUAAACGAAGAAUGGUUAGAUCAGAAUUGCAAAUAUUUAGAGGAACGUUUCGGGAUAGGAGUUACAGGUAUUCUUAAUAGAAGUUACGGUAUUUUUUGGGACUUUGUAGAAGCGGUUCUCGAGAGAAGUUUUAAUUUUGAAACCAUACCGGUACAUUGGGCUACAUGUAACAUUCUUAGAGAACUUAGGAAUGAAAAUGUUAAAGUUGUUCGGUUAGUUGCACAUUCUCAAGGAACUAUUAUUGCAUAUUUAACUGUAAGGAAACUUUUUACGGAGUUAAGUUAUACGAAUGAACAAAAUUAUCUUAAUAAACUUGAAGUAUAUACAUUCGCAAAUGUAUGUAGAGAUUUCAUAAAUCCAAAUGGCUUGGUUGGUCACAUUGAACAUUACGUAAAUAAAAGAGAUCCAGUUGCGAUGUUGGGUGUUCUUAAUGAAACAGCUGGUAAUCGUAUUGAAGGAAAUGUUUUUAUUAACGACACGUUGAACGAGGGUAAGGGUCAUCUAUUUAAUUCAUUCUAUAGUCUUAAUUCUGAAGAUUACAUAUCACCUGAAGGAGCCGAAUGCAAGUUGCUCAAUAGAUCUGGAAAUGUAGAUAAUCUGCCCAUUAAUAUUUAAUUUUGAAAUUUGUUGGAAUUUAAAAAUGAUAGGAAAUUAGGAAUGAUAGGUUAUAAUAAAUUGCUAAAUAUGUUUAGUUUUUAUAGUCAAAUUUUAUAAUUUAUAAUUACUUUUGUAAUAUUGUUAUUGAACAUUUUAAUUAAUAAAAAAUGAUAAUCUAUGAUAAUACCGU